UGUUAUGUGAUGUUUUUGUAUUUAGGUGUUCUGUGUGUUCGCCCUUCCCAGUUUACUUGAUAUUUUACCCCAAGUAGAGUUUUUCUUUCUCAUCUAUAGUUCUUGAUCAUUUCUUCAGAAAAUCAACUAAAGCAAAAAGUCACACAGCAAAAAGUCUGUUCCAAGCCAAGCUGCUAGAGGACACCGAGAUGGUGACUCAGGAGACAGAAACGUCACUUAACCUAAUAUGUAAACAUUAACCAACAGAAGAUAAAUGUUUGCAUUAAGUCCAAGCAAUGUCACUUCUACCUCAAAGAGCCUCAUCAAGAUGGAAGGAGUGGUCCCCAACACCAAGGAGGAAAGAGUGGAUUCCCCUUGUCACUCAGCAGCAACGGUUGAGGAGUAUGGUUCAGGUGACUGCCUACAAUGUACCUUGGCAUCCAGGCAGCAGCCUGUACUUUACCCUUCAUCAGACUAUGAUGUCUCCACCUUUCUAUACAAGUGAACGUUUGCAACACCAGCAUCCAAAAUGGGGAGAAAUAGAAGUGUCUGGUCUACCUUCAUCUGUCAAUACUUCUGCCACUGGUUUAGUGAUCAGGUUGUGGUUGCAUCAAGGACAGCAAAAUCAUGAUAAUGUGGUUUUAGUUUGGGGUGUCUAUUUCAGUGGUUUAGUGUACCUUGGACCUCGACUUACAGCCAAUGCCUCACAUUUCAAUGAAAAAGCUGUUGUUCUUCAUAUGCAAGGUGGUUACUUCACUGACAGACUGAGUGUAAAGGAGUUGCCAUCCAAUGCAAUGACACGUUAUUUGUCAACUGUACUUCCCUUGGGGGACACUAGACCAAGUUAUCCAAUUUCUCUUCUUUUAAAGUUAAGAAAUAAACAACAAGCUAUCAAAAAAAUGAGUCUAAAGUCAGGUGUUUUGAAGGACAAAAUACUAGUUGGCGGGAUGUCUAGUGAAGAUGCAAGUAUAUCCCGUGAAAGUAAUCCAACCAUUAGAAGGCUUCUAAGUAAAGGCAGACCCAAACCUCAGCAAAAACAAGAGACCAUGACUCUUCUCUGUCAAGUUGAAGUGCUUCGUUUUAGGGUGGCUCUUCUCCGUCAAGAGAAGCAACGUAAAUUGGCCCAACUAGAAUGUUUAGAAAAGCAGCGGGAUGUAGCAGCGAAUGAUAAUGCAGACCAUAGUUGUGAGUUGACAGAACGGUACCAAAACUUGCAUAAAGAAGUGGAACAUUUGCGAGAAAGGCGGCGCCAUCACACUGAUAUGUUUGAGGCGUUUGUUCUUAAAAGCUCACAGCUUAGUUUUCGCAGGAAAAAUCUUUUGUCGCAACUCAGCCACAUUUAUCCAGUAACUUUGACUGAUGGGAAAUAUACCAUAUGUGGUAUUCAUUUACCAAACUCUGAGGAAUUAUCAAAUGCUGACGAUGUGUCAGUGUCUGUUGCCCUAGGAUUUGUAGCACACUUAGUGCAGAUGGUCUCUAUAUUUUUGCAAGUGCCGCUUCGCUACCCCAUAAUUCAUUUUGGAUCUCGUAGCAAAAUUAUUGACCACAUCUCUGACAAAAUACCUGACAGAGAAAGGGAGUUUCCACUGUUUUCCCGUGGGAAAGAUAAACUCCAGUUUCAUUACGGUGUUUAUCUACUGAACAAAAAUAUUGCUCAACUACGCUGGCAAGUAGGGUUCCCAACUAAUGAUUUACGAGCAACACUUCAUAAUGUGUAUCAUUUAGUUCACUUAAAUCAGUUUCCAACGCUGGAAAGUCACCAUCGCUCAAUGUCGGGAUCUUCCCUUGAUGUACUAGGAUCCUCUGUCAAUGUGAGCCCAGUGGGGAGUGUCACAGCCAUUGGCACCAGUCAUGGUAUUCUCAUCAGUCCUAACCAACUUAGGGCCAGACAUAGAUCUUCGAAGUCGAUGGGGAGUACAGAGCUCCUCUUCCCAAUUAAUAAGAGAACAGGAUCUUAUACACCUCUUUCUCCCCAUAUUACAUCUGAUGGUUUAGCAGGCAGCGCAAACCUUAGUUACUCUCUUGAUAAAGGGCUUGAUGAGUAUGAAGAGAUAAAGUCAGUUUACGAAGAUGCAGUCAGUAUAGGAGGCAACCCUCUGAAUGGCACUGCUCCAUCAUCCUCCACAUCUAAUCUCACUUUUAUUGGCUCAGAACCAAACCUAGUCAUAGCCAGUCAUAUGAACUCUGUGAAUGGAGGAAAACAAUCUGUCACAGUUAUUGAAGCCAACAAUCAAACGCCUCAAGUAAAGGACUGGAAAAGUGUCAAAGGAGCUGUUCCUACAUCUUCAGAUGAAAAUGAUAUUCCUAGUUCACUCCCCAAAAUCGGAAAGAAAUCUGAGUUUACUUUAGUCACUGAACGCUUAGCAGAACUUGUCGAUUCAAGCAAGAGUUUUGAUGAUGGUCCAGCUAAAGGUGCAGGACCUGAAAAUUUGAUCCAGGAGAAAUCAACGGUUGGGCAUGUAAUUAAAGAAGGUUUAGGUCCACAAAUGGCUGCAUGCAAUUUAGCUAAGAAAUCUAAUGCUGAUUUGUUUAAAAAAAUGCCUUGUGAUGUGGAUUCUUCAAAAAAAGUUCAAAUUGAUGAGGUUUCUUCCUCAGACAUUCUUUCAGAACCCACAAGCAGAAAACCAAGUGAGCGAAAGCCUGACACAUUGAGUUCUGGAAGAGUAAUGGGAGAUAUUGAAGUAGAUGUUGGAACAGAUGCUCUUGCCUCUAUUUCAAGUACCAAUCAAAGUCCUUUAUAUGAAAGAGAAAAUGGAAGUAAUUCACAAAAUAUGGGAGAGCUACAGACAAAUUCUGUGAGGAAAAAAUUAUGCGAGGAUCGAAAAGAAUCUGAAGAAAACAGAAUGGAAUGUGUAGGUGUUGAAGAAAGUGUUCUUGUUGACAAUUUAUUUGCCAGUGUUACCAGUCGAACUGAGGCUUUGGCUAGCCAUGCUACAAGUUUUAACCUCAUGAGUUCAAGACAUGGAAGUACAUAGGAUAGACUUUAAUAACAGGGUGUAAUUUAUGAUGUAAAAUAUAGAUAAUUUAACACCACAUAAAGUGGUGCAAAGUCUUCUAGUCACACAUUUCUUGCAUUUAAGAAUCAGUUUUGCAGGUCUAUUCCAUCUCUUGACAAUAUUUGGGUGGUUUGUUUUGUCUUGUGGGCAUAUGUUGCAAUAAUUGAAGACAGACUUGAUAUUGUAAUAAAUAAGGCGUUGUCUUGACUCUUAUCCAUGACACUGGCGCUGCCCUUGCAAGGAUCAUCACAAGGAUAUUUUUUAUGAUGACAUUGUUAUAACAUAGAUUUCCUUUAUGUUCGACAACCAAAAAUAUGCUAGAAUUAAAAGGGACCAGCUUUCUCUGUUGUAGCUGUUCUCUUUUUGUACUGGUCAGUACUGGUCAUAUCACUAUUCCACUGUACUUCCAUGGUCUGUUCCUGGUAUUUUCUUUGUGGGAGAAAUAUGUUGUCAUAUUUUGCUAGUUACCUUCUCAGGUUUGAGUAAUAUGUUUAUGUGCUCAUCUGAUUAUUGUCUCCAUAUUCAAACACAAUGGUUCCAUGUGAUUUGAAUAGCUUGUGAUAUCUUCUUUCCGUAACUUGAUAUUAUAGUUGUCAAGUUUUAGUGUGAGAGUGAUUGUAGGUUUCUGAUUUUCUAUAUGUAUAAUGAAGCAAGUUUGAAUUGUUUGGUUUGACAGCCUUUCCCCUCAAAUUAGCUACUUUUCUUUCAUUCUUCCUAUCCCUUUAAUCAUGAUACAAGUGCAAGGUUGUAUUUUUCACCAAAGAAUUCUUGCAUACUUAUUUCAUUUCAUGUAUUCACAGUUUACAGCUCUUUCCUCAUACUUUUGUUACUGUUAUAUUAUUCCUUUUUUUGACAUUUUUUCAGAUGUGAUAGGAGGUUUUUGAAGAAACCCAAUAGCAAUAAUACUAAGGAUACAAAUUUAAGCUUUCAACUUUGUAUGUGGUUUUGAUAUUGUAUCUACUAUAUAUUCUAUGAAUUGUUAUUUUAUGCAUAUUGCAAAGAAAUAGGAAGCGGUAAAAUUGUAACUUUAUUUUUCCUUCAUAUUGUUAAAUGUACAAGACAGUUAACCAAUACAAAAUUAUAUAAAAACUC